CCAAUGGCUGAGUGCCUGUGAGUCACGUGGCCACGGGCGCAGCAGAUUUGAAUUGUUUGCGUAUCCGUGUGUUGUCGUGUCGCAGUUUGAAUGCGGAGCCAAGUAAAGAAGAUUUGUGAGGUUUCAGAGUUACCUGAGGUCUGAUCCGGGUCGACCCGUUUCCCACAGAGGAGAACCACCAGCGGGAUGGACUGUCGAGCUAACAGCGAUCUGUUCUCUCUGCACGAUGAGAAAUUUGACUUCGACGUUUCUCUGUCACCUGCCAGCUCCAAAGGUGAUGAAGAUGAGGAUGAGGUGUUCGUAGGUCCGGUUAGCCACAAAGAGAGGUGCGUCUCCGUUAACGUGGUGUCUCGGCUCGAAGAUGGCGGUGGCGGCACUCGGGUGAGCUGGAGCCCGCUGACUGGAGAUCAGCUGGACGCUGUGUGUCAUGAAGCCCACAGACUAGCCACCCAGCUGCAGGGUGCCGAGCCGAGCCCGCAGGAUGGCGAGGACACCUGUGUGACCACAGAAGCCACAAACCGCAGGGAGGAGUUCAUCCAGGACACCGGGGCCAAACUGGACGUGCUUGGUAACACCGCCAGUGUGCUCAGCCCCAUCAAACGCCAGACCUUCUGUGUGCAGGACAGUCCCAUGAAGCAGCUGCCCCCUGCUGUCCAGCGACGCCUGCUGAGAGGAAGCAGUGUCAACACAACCUUAUCCAACCGCCCCGCUGCCAUCAACAAAGCAUCGUCCAAGCACACCACUGCCACAAAUGCGGCGUCAUCUGCUCGCCCUGCCCCUACGGUGUCAUCCAUCCGCCCCACUGCCAGACACAUCACCUCCAGCCCGGUUGCUGUGACCAGGGCUCAGGCCACCAGGAUGUCGCUGCGGGGAAAGGCUGCACUGGGUGUUGGCAUCGCGCUGCCGAGCAAACCAGCUGCCCCAACAACUUCCUGUUCAGCCAGCAAGACCAGAGUGGAGAAAACCAGACUACAACCACCAAGCAAAAUGGUAGCAGGCUGGACCAGGCCGUCCUCUCGUCCCUCAAGCAGGGCGGAGUCUUAUGAGGAUCUACUCUCCGAUUCGACGAGUGUGGCCUCUGACCUCAGCGACUCCUCCCUCAACUCCAGCCUGCUGGGGAAACGUUCGCUGGCUCCACCCACCAAGAAUGUUGUUAGGAACAUGUCAGGUGUGAAGGCUCCUCCCCUUCAGAAGAGGAGGGUGGCAGACAGGAGGAACACAUCCUCAUCCUCGUCUUCAGUGUCCAGCUUUAACUCCAGCAUGUCUCUGUCCCCAGCUAAAGGCAAACUGAACUCUUCUCUGAACCGGAGUCUAAGUGGCUCCACCGGCCCCGCUCCCGGCAACAUCAGCAGACCGGCCAAUCAAAGCAGACCACGUCGCUCCACCAUCUACGCCGCCGCAGAGCCAACGUCCUCCGCCGCCGGUGGCCGGCGCUCGCUAUCCGCCCAGGCCAGGAAGCUGUCUGAGGCUGAGCGCAUCAAAGCCAUUAGGUCCACGCCGCUGAAGAGAGCCGAGGCCUCGACCCUCCAGGUGACCCCCGCCAAGAGAAGUUUGGAGAGGACCGCCUCUGUCCCCCCCACCGCCUUGGUCUGCCCACAGAGUGGACUGAAGGCCAAACCCAAACCAGAGGCCCAGGUGGUACCAACACCCAGCGGAGGAAACAGAGGAAUCCAACAGGGAGAUGACAUCUCAAAGAUGCUGAAGCCAAAGAGACUGGUGUCAGCGAGCAGCCUGGACGGUCUUCCUCAGAAGCCCUCCACAGGUCCUUUGACGCCCUCUGCUGGGGGCUGCAGGACCCUGCAGGUGAAGGCGCGUCGGCCCUCGGCCCUCCCCACCCCAGUGAGGCAUAGGAUGUCUGGCAUCCCCCCACCCACACCCACCAAUCAGACCCGGACAUUCAGGCUGCCACCCACCCCUAAUGCAGAGCCCGCCCCCAGCUUUACCAGGAUGGAAAGCAGCUGCAGCCCCGGACCUGCAGACAUGCAAGAGGAGGAGCCUGUCGACGCCCCGGACAUCCAGCCCUUCUGUCUGGAGGAGGAGCAGCCCCCUGCUGCCCCACCCUGCGCCGCUUCACAGCCCGAGCAGCCUGAGAGCAUGGACCCUGGGGCGCCGAGUCAGGUCCAAUCAGAGCCCAAUAGUAACCUGAUCGAACUGGAGACUGCAGAGGAAAUCAACAGCAAGGCACCGGAGGUUCUCCUUUUGGAUCUCCCAGCUCCUACUCCACAGCCUCAAGAGAAACUGCUCAUCGACCUCACCAACACCCCCGACCUGAUCCGGACCGGCGGCAAGACCUGCACCACAACUCAGCUGAUCGACCUCUCCUCACCGCUCAUCAAGUGGAGCCCUGAAGACAAGAGGGAGAACAACGCUCUGCUCAUCAACCUCUCCUUCUGAUCCAGAUCCUCCUGAAGACCUGGAUCUGACGGCCUCUGCAGAGAACUGGACUUCGCAGGUUUCUGUCUCCGGAAACUCUAGUAAUAAUCCGGCUAACAGUAAAGUUUUUUUAUCAGUUUAGUCUUUACAGCAUCAGAGUUUUUAUGUUUUAAAUUAUGAAAAUAUUCAGAGGUUGCUGAGGUUUUUCUGCACCUGAUUGUACUUUUCAUUGUCUCUGUCUCGCUGCUCUUAUUAAUGUCUGAAUAAAUGUUGUUUGUGUCACUACUGUCA